CGAGCAUCUAUUUGUAAAUUAAUAUACAAUUUUAUUUAUUUUUAUACAAACACUUGGUUUUGUUUGAUAUAGAGUUUUCUAUUCCAACCAAAUGUCGACAAUGUUUGGCUGGAAUAUACGUGAUUAUGACAUAAAACUAGAACUAGCAAAAUGCUCCAACGGCACAGUGUAUAUGGCAAAAUAUUUGCCCAACGAUCAUCAUGUAGCUUUGAAAAAGUAUCAUUUGGAGAGGACGACCAAAGCGGAGGCAGAGAACAUACGUGAUGAGGUAUUGGCCAUGCGACACUUCAGUCAUCCAAAUCUACACAAAUUCUAUACAACAUUUGUAACGGAGUUUGAUUUGUGCGUAAUAAGUCCACUGAUGUGUUUUGGCAGUUGCCGGGAUACCAUUAGAAAUUGUUUUCUAACAGGCUUUCCAGAGAUUCUUAUAGCAUUGAUAAUGCGUGAUGUGUUGUCGGGUCUGGAGUAUUUACAUCGUCGCGGUUAUAUACAUCGUUCCGUAAGAGCCAGUCACAUAUUGCUGAAUCAAACGAAAGCGGUUUUGACCGGUUUUCGAGAUUGUACUAGCUUUAUGUCACAUGGUGGCCGUGUCACUGCCCUUCACCAACUACCUCCUCACAGCAUACGCAGUUUAAAUUGGUUGGCACCCGAAGUUUUAGAACAGAAUCUUAUUGGUUACACUGAAAAGUCGGAUAUUUACAUGAUUGGCAUAACGUGCUGUGAAUUGGCUAAUGGAGUGGAGCCAUUUGCUGAUUCCCAACCGACAUUUAUGUUUACAGAGAAGAUAAGAGGGAAUGUGCCGACAUUAUUGGAUCGUUCCACUUGCCCAGCCGUGGAUGAAAUGAUAGAAAUCAUUGCCACUGCCAAUAAAACCGAUUCAACCAUAGCUGCCGAAACACAGCAAAUCUAUUUGCAACGCAUGUUUUCCGAUGAAUUUCAUCAGUUCACCGAAAUUUGUAUGGAAAAGAAACCUAGCAACAGAUGGUCGGCCUUAAAACUACUAUCACAUUCAUUUUUCAAACAAUGUCGCCAUAAUAGUAUUUUAGAUGUAACCCAACGUUUCGGCAUGCAAUUAUCGGACUAUGAUCAACUAAGAGAUGAGAGCCUGCAGUUGAAUAAAGAAUUAAAUGAAUUAAACUUAAAUGGUAAUACUAAUUGGCAAUGGGAGUUUUAAAAAUGGAAAAGCGAAUAAAAUUGAUUGAUUUAGUUGUUUUUGUUUUUCUGCUUCGUUUGAAAUAAAAGUAGAUUUUUGUUUUUACAUUAUUAUUACAAAAUUAGUAAAAAAUAUGUUGUUUAUAAGAUGUGUGAAUAUAUUUUUUAAAAAUACAUACAUAUAAUAAUUAUAUAAAAAAAAUUUGAAAAAAAAGUUUAAUACACUUGCGCUAAAAAGAGGCAAUUUUUUUUAAUUAAAUAAUUUUUUUUUUAAAUGCAAACAAGAAAUAAAUUAUUUGACAAAAAAUACUCUACGAAA